GACUGUCUCCUCUCACUUUGAACCAGUGUCAACAAACAACAACAACAAUAUUUUCGUCCUAGCAGCAUCGCCUUGGCAACCUAAUUUCGAAAAUCUCGAAUACUGGCGAAUAAAACGGAGGAGACUGAGAAACUAAGUGUAUCAACAUCAAAAACAAUUACAUUUUCUUCUUUUUUUUGUCGUCACAUUUGACUCCUUAGAGGGUUGUGGCUGUCCAGGGAUACAUUGGUGCUCGGCUGUAGCCCGGGUGCGGCUAACUAAGGCUAACCGAGGCUAACCUUUCAGGAAGCUUCCUCACAGGAGAAAAAGGCGAUUUCAACGACGACCUCCUGCUGCAAACUCGGUGUUGGAGCAGCAGCCUCCCCGUUAGGAGGAGGUAUCGUUAGUCACUGGGGUGUUGGAGGUAUGACUGCGUUGGCGGGGUCAAUACCCAGGAUGAUGCGACCCACGCUGGCUCAGAACUACCCCCGCAGUGGCUUCCCACUGGAAGUGUCUACCCCGUUGGGUCAAGGCCGUGUGAACCAACUCGGAGGAGUUUUCAUUAAUGGCAGACCUUUGCCCAACCACAUCCGACAUAAAAUCGUGGAGAUGGCCCACCACGGCAUCAGGCCGUGUGUCAUCUCCCGACAGCUCCGGGUCUCCCACGGCUGCGUGUCCAAAAUCCUGUGCCGGUACCAAGAGACGGGCUCCAUCAGACCCGGGGCCAUCGGUGGCAGCAAACCCAAGCAGGGAACAACGCCGGACGUAGAGAAGAGAAUAGAAGAAUACAAGCGGGAAAACCCGGGUAUGUUUAGCUGGGAGAUUCGGGAUAAAUUACUGAAGGAUGGGAUAUGUGACCGCAACAACGUUCCUUCAGUGAGCUCCAUCAGUCGCACCAUGCGGAGUAAGUUCGGGGGGAAAGGCGAUGAAGAGGAUGAUGAAGAGGAAAUCGAGAGGAAAGAGUUGGAGGAGAACGACCGGAGGGCCAAACACAGCAUUGAAGGCAUUUUGGGAGACAGAUCGAGUCACUCAGAUGAGGGUUCAGAUGUUGAGUCUGAGCCUGAUCUGCCGUUAAAGAGGAAGCAGCGGCGCAGUCGGACCACCUUCACGGCAGAGCAACUGGAGGAGCUGGAGAGGGCCUUCGAGAGAACCCACUACCCUGACAUCUACACCAGGGAGGAGCUCGCCCAGAGGGCCAAACUCACCGAGGCCAGGGUUCAGGUUUGGUUCAGCAACAGGCGGGCGAGGUGGAGGAAGCAAGCAGGAGCCAGUCAACUGAUGGCAUUUAAUCACCUGAUCCCAGGGGGUUUCCCACCUUCAGCAAUGUCCAGCAUCUCCCCCUACCAGCUCUCUGACAGCCCCUACCCCCCCUCAUCUAUAGCACAAGUGUCAGAGCCCCCCAGCACGGUGCAUCGGCCCCAGCCUCUCCCUCCCUCCUCGGGCCACCAAGCCACCGGCGGUGGAGGGCAGGUAGAAGGAGGCUCAGCCUACUGCCUCGCCUCCGGACGCCACUCCUUCACGGGCUACUCGGACAGCUUUGGAGGACCGACCAAUCCCAUGAACCCUGCCAUAGGAAAUGGACUCUCUCCACAGCAGGUGAUGGGUCUGCUGAACCCUGGCGGUGUGCCACAUCAGCCCCAAGGUGACUAUGCCAUCUCCCCUCUGACGGGCGGCCUUGAGCCCCCUGCUGGCAUGGCCGCCAGUUGCAGCCAACGCAUGGAUCACAUCAAGGGCCUGGAGGGUCUCACCAGCGUUCCCUCCAUGUCAGCUCUGCCCUCCCUGCCUAGCUCCCAGUCCUACUGCCCCCCCUCCUACAGCUCACCGGGCUACACCGUCGACCACAUGGCGUCCUACCAGUACGGCCAGUACGGACAAAGUAAGGUGCCCUUUCUUAUCUGAGGCCUGAAAUCACCUGAUCAAGAGCUUCGGACUUCUCAGAGGGACAUUUGUGUGUACAGUGAUGGAAAUCUUGUAAUAUCCGGACCAAAAUUUAUUUAGCUACCAUUCACCAGGACACAUUCUCUACUGCAGGACAUUUUAUUAUUAAUUUUUGUUGGAGAAAUUGACAAAAUAAAAGAAGGGACCACAAGAAGGAAUAUCAGACCAAAAACUGUUGAUUGACUAUGAACAUUGCAUCAGAUGAACGGCAGCGAUGUCAGCGCUUAAUGAGGUUGGUGCAGUGGACCAUCUACAGUGCCAUGACGCGGCACUUUCCACAGGAAACUCUAGUGACCAAACACCAUUCGUGGACUCUGACCUGGGGGUCUUUGUGAGGACAGCAAACCCAAAUCUCUUCGUCAUAAUCUACCAGCCUUUGAGGCAAUGCUUGAAGAAACACGUUUACAUAUCUUAGGGCCACAUGAGUACAUAUGAAAUUCCAUGUAUCCCCUAAUUAAUCCCCAAAUUGUAUCUGCAGAAGGGGAAAAAGAAAAGGGCUUUGUUGAUUUUUUUUUUUGCAUUUAUUUGAGAUCUCUGCAUCCCACACAUGGAGAGAAAUUCCAGAGACAGAGAAAACAAACGUGAGGAAACAAAUCUGGGGUUUUUAUUGUAUCAGAAACUCUAAUGUACACCACAGCUGUACUGCAGUGAAAGUUCAUUCAAACAUUCCUCCUACCUCCUCCUACCCCCCCCCCCCAUCCUCUUGCCUUUCUGUCUCAUUGAUGUUUCGGACGGUGAGGCAGGGAUCCUGGCCUUUUGUAGUUUUAGAGAGGAACUCUGAGGAGGUCAGGGGGUGACUUUAGGGAAAGUGACAGAUGAGAAAGCAGUAGAGGAGGCUGGCGUAGAAGUGGCUUUAAAGGAA